UACAUAAUUCAGACAAUGGAUCAUACCAUGCUAAAAUCCCCAAAGCCUUCACAAGAAAAGUUAACUCCCCUCCAAGUGAACUAUCACUUUUACAAAGAGUGUUCAAGGCUUAAAAUAGCUCAAGCUAUUAUCAAGAGGGAAAUAGAAUACUACAAAUCUCAAAUAGACCUCUUCAAAGACAAAGAAGGACAACAAAAACUUCUAAAAAACUUGGACAUGCUCCAAAGCGACUCCAGCCAAAGAGGAAGGAGGAAAAGAAGAACUGCAGUAGAAAUAGAGAGGAAAUACAAGUGAGGAAGCGGAGGCUGCAAGAAGUCAUACGGUUCAGAAGGAAGUCUCAACCAGCAUAUGAAGAAUAAGCAUCCCAAGUUUUAUAAGAAGUAUCUACAGACCCUUGACUCCCACUCCAUGGCCUUUGAGGUAGCUAGUGAGGUGAAGAAGAGUUCUCCCAGCGCUGGGAAAGAGAAGAAGAGAGAUAAGAAGGACAUACAGAAGAACAACCAGGCUGAUUUGUUGGGUAAUAUCAACAAAAAUAGCAGCCUUGUUACUAAAAUUACCAGCGGGCUUUAAGAAGCAGAUUUAUGUGACAUCUGUAAGGCUCUCGCAUGACCACAAGUAAUCUAAUUUUGAUAAUUAUUUCAUGAA